AUGCCAGAAGAAUCAAGUGCCAGGCAAUGCAGGACAGAUAAAAAAGCACCGCGCCAGCCAAUUGGUACUGAAGUAUUGACUGGUCUGUUUAUCUUCCAGCUGGCAGGAAUGGCUGUCAUUGCCUUUGGUCUAUGGCUGCGGUUUGGUGGGGUUAUGGCAGGCUUUGCUUCAGAGAAAAAGUCUCCAGAGUAUUUCUUCAUGGGACUCUAUGUAUUGGUGGGAGCAGGGGCUCUCAUGACAACAGUUGGAUUUUUUGGGUGCUGUGGAGCAGCGCGGGAGUCUCAGUGCUUACUUGGAGCAUUCUUUGCUUGCUUGUUGGUGAUAUUUGCAGCUGAGGUCACUGCUGGAGUAUUUGCCUUUAUAGGCAAGAAAGUGGCAAUACAGGAAGCCCAGAAAAUCUAUGAAGACACUUAUGAUGACUAUAUGAAAAACCCAGGGGGGAAGGUCAACAGGACUAUCUAUCAACACCACUUGGCUCUCCAAUGCUGUGGCAAAGGUAAUAUGGAACAACAAAUGGGAUUACCCUGUCCAGAGAAUAUCCAGAUGCCAAAGAACUGCCUGGUUGAAAUCCAGAAUGUAAUUGAUGCUCAUCUGCAUUUAGUUGGAAUUGUUGGAAUUGCAAUUGCUGGCAUCACAAUCUUUGGCAUGAUAUUCAGCAUGGUUCUGUGCUGUGCGAUCCGUAACACAAGAGACAUGAUCUAAAACUUUCACUGCACAACUAUGUCCCAGGAGUUCCAGACUAAGCUUUACAAGAAGUGCUCUUCUACCCAAUUUAAUAAUUGUAAUGCAUUUUAAUUAGUGUUUUAACAUACUGAGAGGAAAAUAUCCCAUUAGGUGAGCAGGUGAAUUGUAUUAGUUACAGUAAAACCAAAGUGAACAACAAAGGGGUUUAAAAUGUCCUUUUCAAUGGGAAAAGCAAAGGUGCAUCCAAGACUCAUUUGAUUUUUAAUGUUUGUAUAUGUGCAAUUAAGAGUUUACACAUCUAUAGACAUUGUGUAAGCAUAUGCCUCUCUCUCCUUGCAAAUAUAUAUGCACAU